AAAAAAAUGGAAACAAAGCUUAGAGAAGAGAGCUUAAAAGGGUUAUCGAGGGUUUUAACAAAAAAAAGCGUUAGCGAGGCUUCUGGAAAGAGCUAGGGUUAGGGUUUCUAAGUUCUCUCUCCACCAGCAUUCACAAGCUAGGAUUUUACGGAAAGUUUUCUAGGGUUUCCAUGGAUCCCCUGAAGGAAACCUUCGAGAAGAAGCAAGUGGAGGUGGUCUUAGUGAUCCCAGAGGAAGGGGCAGCACCAGAUCCCUCUGGGAACCACACCAGUGUCCCGAAGGUGGAGUCUUUGGAUGAUCUCCAAAAAGAUCCUAACCCUAAGCCCAAGCCCCCCUCUCCCAUUGGACACCCUUCCCCUGAGAUCAUUAAAUCCAGCUCCAGCCUCAAGAAGCCCCCCCGGCCUCCCCAGUCCGAGGCCCUCCUACGUCGCCGCUCCAUAUCCAAGCCUAAAUCCAGAUUCGUCGAGCAGCCUCUACCCCCCAGUGCUUCCAGAUCGGUUGAAGACGGCCGCCCGCCAGCCCAUGAUCGGUCCUCGAGCGCCCCAUGCCAUAGCUCUCCGAAUCCUAGGGCCUCCGGCACGCCCAAGACCCCAUUGGCUGCCGCCGACGAAGAGGAGGAGGAGGAUGAAGAGAUUUAUAAGAAGGACCAGUUCCCCGAGAGCGGAAAGCGGGCAAGGAAGUGGAAAGUUAGGACCUUGAUCGAAUGGAUGAUACUAAUCCUUGCCAUGGGGUGCCUCGUUGCGAGCUUGACGGUUCGCCGGCUGCAGGGCUUUGUGAUCUGGGGGCUGGAGAUUUGGAAAUGGUGCCUCAUGGUGACGGUAAUUUGCUGUGGCCGAUUGGUAACUCAAUGGUUCAUCACUGUCCUUGUUUUCCUGAUAGAAAUGAACUUCCUUCUGAGGAAGAAAGUGCUGUACUUUGUGUAUGGGCUGAAGAAUAGUGUUCAAGUUUGCACUUGGUUGGGUCUGGUUCUGCUUUCUUGGUCACUUUUGUUCAAUCAAGGAGUUCGGCGAUCGCCCAAGACAGAAAAAGUUCUCAAUUACGUCUCCCGGGCGCUGGCUUCGCUUCUGAUUGGAUCGGUUAUAUGGUUGGUGAAGACGCUUUUGAUGAAGAUUUUAGCUUCUGCUUUCCAUAUGAACAGGUUCUUUGAUCGAAUCCAAGAGUCCAUCUUUCAUCAAUAUGUGCUGCAGACACUCUCGGGGCCGCCGGUGAUGGAGUUGGCUGAGAAGGUGGGGACUGCAAAGAGUACCGGGAAAUUGAGCUUUAGGAGCAUGGGGAAGGGGACAGGGAAAAAGGGGGAGGAGCAGGAGGUGAUUGAUGUUAGCAAGCUUCAUAGGUUGAAGCAGGAGAAGGUCUCGGCUUGGACGAUGAAGGGCCUGAUCAAUGUGAUUAGGACAUCAGGGCUUACGACAAUUUCAAAUACAAUUGAGAGUUUUGAUGAGGAGGGGGCUGAGCAUAAGGAUGGGGAAAUAACUAGUGAAUGGGAAGCAAAAGCUGCAGCUUACCGAAUUCUUAAGAAUGUUGCGAAGCCUGGUUGCAAAUAUAUUGAUGCAGAGGAUCUUUUGAGAUUUUUUAGCAAGGAGGAAGUCGAUAUCGUUCUUCCAUUGUUUGAAGGAGCUGCAGAGACUGGAAGGAUAAAAAAAUCUGCAUUGAGGAACUGGGUGGUGAAGGUCUACCUUGAUCGUAAAUCGCUGGCACAUUCCUUAAAUGACACCAAAACGGCAGUCAACCAACUCCACAAACUCGCAACAGCCAUUGUUAUUGUUGUAAUCAUAAUCAUCACGCUGCUUUUGAUGGGUGUUGCAACAACAAAAGUACUUGUCUUUCUGUCAUCACAGCUCGUAGUGGCGGCCUUUAUGUUUGGAAAUACCUGCAAGACGGCAUUUGAAGCAAUCAUAUUUGUAUUUGUUAUGCACCCUUUUGAUGUUGGUGAUCGUUGUGUUGUGGAUGGAGUUCAGAUGAUUGUAGAAGAAAUGAAUAUAUUGACUACUGUUUUCUUGAAAUUUAACAAUGAGAAGAUUUAUUACCCAAAUGCCGUCUUGGCAACUAAACCAAUCAGCAACUUCUACCGAAGUCCAGACAUGGGCGAUACCAUUGAUUUCUCUGUUGAUGUUUCCACUUCAGUGGAGAAGAUUGGAGCUGUCAAAUCUAGAAUAAAAGCGUACAUGGAAAGCAAACCCAACCACUGGCAUCCUGAUCACAGCAUAGUAGUGAAGGACAUUGUGAAUGUAAAUAAGAUGAACAUGGCCCUGUAUGUUACGCACACUAUGAACCAUCAGAACAUAGUGGAGAAGAACAGCAGGAGGACUGAUCUUGUUCUUGAGAUGAAGAAAAUAUUUGAGGAACUCUCAAUUCAAUAUCACUUACUGCCUCAAGAAAUUCAUCUUAGCUACACUGGCUCAACCGCGUUACCUAUAAAUAUUGGCUAAAGCAUUUAAGAUGGUUUGCCCCAAGCACUGUAUGACUUCAUUCUUUCCAAAUUAGUGGGCACCAGACUACAACUUCUUUUGACAUGAUCCUGCAUACUCCGCAUGUGAUAGAAUUUUUGGUCAUCUUUUCAUUUGUUCUGUCUUUGGUAAUCUUGUGCUCGUGUAGUAGGCUGUAAAUUAACCUCUCAUAAACAGAUGUAUUAUGUAUCGGAAGUGUCUGCAAUUAAGGUAUCUUGUUCUGGUUCAAUAUUAGCAUUUGGUUGUCAGGGUGCCUGUUGCUGGAGAGUUGAGUUGAAAUUCUCGUAAUUGAUGCCACUGUAAUUCAGAACAUGACAACUUGUUGUAAUGCCAUGACAUCAUGAUUUCCUUCUCC